AUGCACAGUGCAUGCGAGAUCAGGCCAGAGGUGUUGGCAGCCCUGGUCUCGCUGCUAACACUGGUGUUUUUGCUGUUGGUCGGCGACAGCCAGGAGACAGUGCUGCGAUGCGAUGCUGCAGGCCUUUGCGCAGGUGGUGGUGUUGUGCUUGUCGCCAGCGCGGCGGUGAUUGGUCAGCCUCAAAAGUGGGGCAGCAGCUUUUUCCUGCGCAAUCUAUUUCGAGCUCUGCUCGUUGCAAGCUUCGUGUUCCUGUACUUCGGCUUGACAAGUUUCUCACCGAUUGUUGCGGUCCAAGCUUUGACGACUUUGGCAGCACUGACAUUUUCAGCCUCGACUUGCACCUUCUUCGCAUGGACCCUGGAGACACAUGGAGAGUCUUCACGAAAUCCAUGGCGGCCCCCACUUUCACUGAAGCACGUGACCUUGGGUUACCUUUGCAGCAUUGGGAGCUGGCUACUGGCAUAUUCCGUCUUGCUCCUGCACCAGGAAGUGGAUGGCCAUCUUGCAGGUCUUGCACGAAGUCUGAGUCGCGAGGAGCAUCUGGUUCUGUUCAGUUUCGGAGGGUUCUUCCUCAGCACCGUCGUCGGAUUUCUCCUGCUGCUUCUACCCUGUGGGCACCAUUGCUUGGGAGGCGCUGAGAAAGUGAAGCCGGAGGAGACUCCGGUGAUCCGUCGAUGUAAUUCCAAGGCGGAUGACGGCAUCGGCGUUGGAGAACAAGCGCAGGCACCUCCACCUAUGGCCAUGCGGGCUAUGCCCAUGCCAGCAGGGGGUUGCCGGGAAGAUGCGGCACUAGCGCCGGAGGCACCUGUGGAGCACCGCAAUCCUGAUGCACAGCUUGAAGUCGAAGCAAGCUGCCCAGCCGUCGAAAUCGACGCGCUACCGGCCGCAGACGACGUGGAGGAGGUGCAGGCGGUGCACAAUGAAGUUGUGCCCACUACGACACGCACCACAGGCGCUGAGACGGCUGGUGGAGCAUUUCCCUUUCCCCGUGGACCAUCCAGGCCACGUCGCCGCUGCGGUGAGGCUUGGACUGCCGAAGAGGCACCAAAGCAGAGGAAAGCCAAGGCUCGCAGCCUCACAGCUGUACUCGAAGUCGAUGAAGACGAGGGCGCAGAGGAAGAGGAGCAGAUUGAGCAAGAACAAAUCCUGGAAGUGGAAGGACAAGACCAGAGUGGAGCGCAGGAAGUCAACCACGCGGAGCGAACCCAACUAUGCUUGACUGCGAAUGCCACGUCUGCAGAUGUUCCGCAGCAGCCCGGGUGCAAGCAGGAAGAGGCGGGUUGUGCAGAUGCGGCGUUGCCUUGCCAGCAGGGGCCGGUGCCGCCUUCCCAGGAACGCCGAGAAAGCGGCGAGGAGAAGCCAUCGAAUGCUCACAGGCUGGUGCCGAUUCAAUCGCUCAGAGGAAGGACGUUGGAAGUCCUUCGGGCUGCAGGUAUGGGAAAUGUGGGUCUCGCUGAGCUGCGCCGAGCAAUGGUCGUCUCCCUGGCAGGCCACUUUGCGGCGGGACUUCUGCUUCUGCUUGCAGGACACAUGGUGAUUGUGGCUCUCUCGCUGCUGUUCGUCAAGCUGUGCUUCGUGACUGCUCGGCUGAGUGCCUCCCCAACUGCUUCAGCCACAAAGAUAGCGCCGUGUCCUUCACCGGAGAUAUCAGUCACACCGGCUGCAUCACCGGGAUCUUCGUCACCGCUUGCUAACGUUCCGGAAUCGUAUGCAGCCUCUUGGGGCUUCUUUCCACCAGACCGGGGCCUUUUGCGCGAACAUGGAAAUCAGCCUGGUCGCCUGGGCGUUGGCGUCAUGCCGGCAGUGGCUGAGGAGGACGUGGCAGAUCCGAUGAUGGCACUGAGCACUCCGUCCAUGAGUUCCUGGCACGAAGAGUCAGGAUCGGUUGACCGCUCGCCCAAACCGGCUGCUGAAG